AAAGUCGCUUUCCCCAGUUUUCCCUUUUCAAUAAUUUGUUUAUUUAUUUAUUUAAUUUUUAAAAAGGAAGAGAACAUUUUGAUCUUUUCCAUUCACUUGUCAUCGAAAUUAUCAGAGACGCUCGUCAUCUUCAACGAUGCAGAAAAUGCUUCACAAGAGCUUCAAGCCAGCCAAAUGCAAGACAGCUUUAAGGCUAGCGAUACCGCGAAUAAAGGUAAUGAAGAACAAGAGGGAAGCUCAAGCGAAGCAGUUGAAGAGAGAAUUGGCUCAGUUGCUGGAGUCUGGGCAAGAUCAGACGGCUAGAAUUCGGGUGGAGCAUGUGGUUAGGGAAGAAAAGACUGUAGAUGCUUAUAAUCUUCUUCAAAUAUACUGUGAACUCAUCGUUGCACGUAUGCCAAUGAUUGAAUCUCAAAAAAACUGCCCUAUUGACUUGAAGGAAGCGAUUGCCAGUGUAAUAUUUGCAUCUGCUAGGUGUGAAGAUAUACCAGAGCUCAAGGAUGCCUCCAAACAUUUUACAGCAAAAUACGGGAAAGAAUUUACUUCCGCCGCACUUGAAAUGCGUCCUAACUGCGGUGUCAGUCGUACGUUGGUCGAGAAGUUAUCGGCCAUAGCACCUGAUGGUCCAACCAAACUCAAGAUCUUGACUACAAUUGCUGAGGAACACAACAUCAACUGGGAUCCUGCAUCAUUUGGAGCAAAAGAAUCAAAGGUUUAUGAUGACAAGCUGGUAAGACUAAAUACAGAGGCUACCAGAUUUUCAUCAUAUCCUUCUAAUGUCCAAGGUCCAACUAGUUCUUAUGAGCAGAGACCUGCUAGUGUUCAAGUUCCUAAUUACGAUAAGGGGCCUCCAAGUGUUCGAGAUACAAAACAUGUCAAGAAAAACGAUAUGCCCUCGAGCUUUUCCGAGUACAGCUCUAGAUCAUCUCCUAAGAAUUUUGGUUAUUCAAACACUGGUGCUGAUAAUUUGAUGAACCCUGAAACUUAUUCUCCAAAUUCGAAACCUCUUGGAACCGGAAAUCAAGGGUUUAGGCAUUCAUAUUCUGGAAAUGAGAGUGCAUACUCUUCACCGAGGCAACAUUGGAAUAUGAACUUCAAGGAUGCUACUGCUGCUGCUCAGGCAGCUGCAGAAUCUGCAGAGAUAGCAAGUAUGGCUGCCCGAGCUGCUGCUGAGCUUUCAAGCCGUGGAAAUUUCACCCAGCAGUAUUCAAUGGAGUCACCGGUGUCGCCUCUUCAUCGUAUGAGGGAGGAGGAACCACGAAAGUAUACUGGCUCAGCAUCUCAAAAUGAACGUCUUGGUAGAGAUCCGGUUGAUAUAUCCUUUCAUGGAAGGAAUUCUGGGAAUUAUGAACAAAUUGACAGCUUCGAAGAACAUGGCCGGGGGAGAGACAAUGGAAAUGUUUAUAGUAACAUUGUGAGGAGCAGUGAUAACUCCGCUCAUGGUUCGUUCAAGUCAACUGCAUCUUCCUUCAAAGAAAAAACAUCAGUGAAUAACCAAACCGCGGAUGCAUAUUCUCAAAGACACUCAUUUCGACAAGUUCCGGUAGACCAUUUUGCUGAAGUGAAUUCGGCGAGAAAAUCAGGUGAAAAUGGUGAUCAUCAGAAUGUCAGCGCCAGAGAACAAUCAAGCUAUUCUUAUUCUCAUUCUCAAUCAAACAGUUUUACUGAUGAUCAUGAUGUCGCCUCUAAUUUUAACCAGCUGAAGACGGAAAAUGAUACAAAGAGUUCUGGUUUUACCGAUUAUCAGGAAGCAAGGAUCAGGAAGCAAUCAAGCCAUUCUUCAUCUCAUUCUCAUUCAAGUACUUUUUCCGAUGAUCAUGAUGUUGUAUCAAAUUUAAACCGUUGGAACUCGGGAGAUAAUUCCGGUGAGGAUUCUUUUCUUCAUAAUGAUAAAGGAAGCCUUCAAAGGAGCACAAAAGAAACAACAUAUUUUUUCAACAAUGCCUCAGCAGUUUUUGAUGACUAUGUAUCAGAUAAUAAUGAAGAUCGUUUUGAUUCGGAGGAAGAGCACGACACACGUGAAUUCAGUAUGAACUUAUCAUCUCCUGGUCAAAGGUCACCUACUCGUCCAUAUACAAGAACAAAUUCUCGGAGCAUUGAGAAGAAUGUUGAUGGAAAGUCCAUUUCAGAAUCACAUAUUUUCUCGGAGCAGCGGUCAACUUCCGUCUUCUUUGAGAGUUCAGCCAGCUCUGCAGAUCCUUCAUUCGGAGAUGACUUGCCGGCGGCUUUUGAUGAUUAUGGCCCUAGUUCUGAAAGUGACGAAGAGAUAGACAAAUCCAAGUUUGUAAGGAGCUCCAAACCCAGUACAGGUAGUAAUGUAAAGAAUAUGGAUUCAUACCAAGCUGAAAACAGUAAUUUCGAUUCACAGUCGGUUGAAGUCAUGGAAGAUACUGAACAAUCUAAGGAUUCUAGUCUGGAAGAAGGUAUGAAAUUGAAUUUCGGGAACUUGACCGGUGGCCUGCGACAUAAGGGUUAUAGGCUUCCACCAUAUACAAAUAGUCCACGGGCCGAUGGUUUGCCAUCUGUGGAGGCAGCCAAUGGUGCAUCUACUAGAACUAAGCAGUUUUCUCCUCCUGCAGCAGCCGAGGCUUCGGUUGGUUCGGUUUCUUUCAAUCAAGAGCCAUACACCAGGAAAAGUAAUGAUGAAGUGAACAGAAAAUUCAGCAUGAGAGCAUCGAAUACUCAUGUCGAUCCUAGUGAUGAUGACUCUGAGGAGGAGCGACCGAAACAGACUUCUACUAGCACUCAAGACCGAGUAAACCAAAGAUCUAGCUUCGAAGACCUUCCUAAGAAAAAGGCUCCUACCGAUACCGGGUUUUCUCGAAAGACAACGAAGGCCUCUCCUUCAAAUUCACGGAGAAGCUCCAAUCUUAAAGCCACUGCUUUCUCUGAGCCAAAAGUGGUUUCUGAUUACAGUGGGAAAGGGAGUGGUGAAGUGAACGGAAAAUUCAGAAUGAGAGCAUCAAGUACUCGUGUUGAUUCUAGCGAUGAUGACUCCGAGAAGCGACGUAAUCAGACUUUUAGCAGCACUCAAGACCAACAGAACAAUACACCGAGCUUUGAAGAAAACAGGAGAUCUAGCUUAAGAGUAGCUGUCACAUAUUCUGGUUCUGAUGAAGGCCUUCCUAAAGCAAGUUUAAAUGCUUCUUCCAACACCGGUUUUUCUCGAAGAACGAAGGCCUCUCCUUCGAAUUCACAGAGCAGCUCCACCCUUAAAGAUACUGUUGCUUCCGACUACGGCCAGGAGAAGGAUUCCUCCUCAAGGACUUCAAAUGCCGAUGAGUCACUACCAAAGACUCGGCCUCAGAAAAAGAACUCCGACGAUCUCUCCGCACGUUCUCGUCAUCCCCAGUUGUCAUCACAAGCAACUUCAAGGUUGGUCUUGAAGACCAAUAGCUCUUCGUCCGAUACAACUUUCAAGCCAUCGGAAAAGGAGCAGUCAUCCACUUCUAUCCCAAAGAUUAUACCAUCACCCGGUGCUAAAAGUUUGACGACUCAAACGUCGACCGGCGAGGGCCAAUCUAAGCAGAAUGCUAGCCAUGUUCAUCCAAAGCUUCCCGAUAUCGACAUCUUGACUGCGCACUUGAAUUCAAUCAGACAGAAUCACAGAUGAAUAUACAUUCUUUCCGAAUUCUUACAGAACUUGGUUUUUCUCCUAUUAGCCACUGUUUGCAUUGUUCAUAUUUAUACAUGUCCUUGAGGUUACAGAGAUGUAUCAUAUAACUUGUAAUAUUUGUUUAUUGAUUU